GACUGAAAUAGACUGUGUCGAUGAACGUCUAGUGCAAUUUCAACUACCUUCUUUCGAAUAUUUCUUUAGCUGAAUGUUUACCUUUGAAAAUCCUCAAUCGAUUGAAGAUCCAUUUGGGUAGCCUGUACAGAAAAAGCAAGGGAAAGAGAAAGAGAGAGAGAGAGAGAGAGAGAGACAGAACCACAAGUGAUCUGUGAGAAAUCACAUCUUCUAUUCUAUGUGUUGCAGCUUCCUGGAUGAUAAACACAGAUUCCUUGUUUGUAUGGAGAUGAUGUCAGAUCCUACAGCAAGAUCUGUGGGCAAUAAGUCCAUUUCUGAUAGUAUAGACCAACAGAGCGUUACACGGCCAAAGUUUCAGCCGAUACGUCUCAAGGCACUUGAACAUUUUUGUGAAAGUGAUGAUGAUGAUGAUGAUGAUGAUGAUGAUGAUGAUGAUGAUGAUGAUGAUAACAACAGUAAAAGGGAACCUCAGGAGUCUGAAGACGAAUCGGAUGAUGAUCCACAGCCAUUGCCACAAAAUGAAUCUAUUGAAAAUGUACAACAAUCUCUAUCUGAAGAAGUUAACUCUUUGAACAUUGAUACACAGAAUGAAAACAAGUUUUCUAUGCACAUCUCAGAAGAAAGCCACAAAGUUGCAUGUAAUAUUUCCCACAUUGUAGAUGAGUUAAGCUGUACAAUAAGUAACAAAGAGGAAGAUAAAGUUAGCAAUGUAAAUGUUGAAAACUGUCUUUCGCUUGAAAGAUUAAAUAAGUUAGAGAUUUACACAAGUAAGAAUGAAGAGGAAACACAAGGCUGUAAUGAUGAUAAAGCUGUUUCAAAGAACCACCAAGAUGACUCUAUUCAUGAAUGUCCAACAAAUGUAGCUUUACCUUCUUCAUCACUACUAUUCUACAAAGGGGAUUACAACACAAAGGCCGAUGCGAAUAGAAGUCUGCAGUCAACAGACAAUGGUUAUCAGUUGCUUCACGAAAAUGCUCACAUGUCGAAUCUAUUAAGCAGAAGGAAAGAAGAGCACAUGUACAACAUGUUACCAGAGAACAAAAGGCUGUUAGGGACCAGCGAUAGUUUUUUAUUAAACUUAAACAAAGAAGACAAAUGGCACAAAGGUAUGCAGAACUUGGCAAGUAUUGAGCAGUGCAGUAAGAAUCGUGAGGAGGAGUAUCAUCGCAUAAUCUCGAAUGUUGAACCGGAAUCCGUCAGCAUGUCGCAGAACACAUCUGCGAAUUCGACUCAUUCUACCGCCAAGUACAGUUCGCAAUACAACGUUGCGAAAUACGAAGGGAACGAGAAAUAUGCAGCCUCGGAGAGUAAGCGUGUCGACUUCAGUACGCCAUCGUUGAAUGACAUGGGCAAAACAUUUUCCUCCUCGAAUCGCUUGAUCGUGGAGACCCCGAUGAAGCACAUGCACGGCACAAUGCAUCCGAAUCCAUGCACGUCACAUAAGCAGUUGUUCCGCACCCCGCAGAACAAGCUGUCCAGCGAUCUCAGCAAAGGUCACAUUCAGACUCCGUCCACAAUAUUAUCCAGCUGGUGUCACAAUACGUGUCACAAUACGAGACACACGCCGAUGGAUGGUAAAAGCCAUUCAACGAAGGACUGUUUGCAAACAUCGAAGAAUACAGUUUAUGCGCCGGUCAUAGGGAGAGGAGAAUCGUCCAGAUGCUUCGGACCAGACAUGAAAAGUGCAAGGCGACCUUUAACAGACGCCAAACUGACGCACAGCGAUUCCUCGACGUAUCCUCUGGAAGUGAGGCCGCUCAUAUUACAGAAACUUUCUGAGACCAAGCGCGUUACAUCUGAAGUACAACAAGAUGAUAGAAGCAAGAAGACGGUAGGACUGUCGGAAGUGAAGUUAACGCAGAGAGAAGUGAAUUAUGAUAAAGAUUUAAAGUCGACCAACCUCGUCGAGGAAACGAAGGAAAACAAACAGCCCAAUUUACCGGAAGCUCUGCUGGGAAACGAUAGGAAAAUCAUGCAAGAAAGCAACCAAGUGAUCAUCGGUUCUAGCAUGGGCUUGAAAGUGGUGCAAGAACCUGCAUGUAAGUACAACAUCGAAGACAACGUCGUCCCGAAUACAGAGUGCAGAGACUCGCAGGAUCAUCUAAGGCAGCGCGAGGGAUCGCGGCAGAUCGUGGACAAAGUAGGGAACGUGCAGUUCUCUGUGCCGUCGAAUAUUCCACAGCAACGUCAACGUAAGACGCUGUUCGUGAAGGACAGGGAAUAUUUAAUCUUAGGCUCCUUGGGCCAAGGGAUGAGCGGCGAGGUGUUGCGGGUGCAGGAUUUGUCCUGCGGCGAGUUGCGCGCUAUCAAGUGCGUGAACUUGAAUAAAAUGGAUAAGGAGUCUGCACAGGGCUGCUUGGACGAGAUCUCCUUGCUGCAUAAGUUACAGGCGCCCUGCGUCGUUAGAAUGUUCGACUACCAGAUCAGAGAGUCUAUGGUUCACGUAGUGAUGGAGAUGGGUGAUACCGAUCUCAGUCGGCUCCUGAAAUCCAUGUCCCAGGAGAAGCAGAUUCCUCUCACGAUGAUUCUGUAUUACUGGACCGAAAUGCUCACCGCUGUAAAACACAUACACAAUAACGGAGUCAUACAUUCGGACUUGAAACCAGCGAAUUUCUUAUUGGUACGAGGUCGACUCAAGCUGAUAGAUUUCGGUAUUGCCUCUAAUAUAAAUUCGGACAUGACGUCCGUCUUGAAGAAUAAUCCAAUCGGCACAUUAAAUUACAUUAGCCCGGAAGCCCUGAUGGACAUUGGCGGGAGCGCGGACUCGCCCACUCAAAACGUUAAGUACAAGAUAAGCUUCAAGUCGGACGUUUGGUCAUUGGGAUGCAUCUUGUACAGUCUGGUGUACGGUCAUACACCUUUCCACCAUAUACGUUCCCAAUGGGCAAAAGUGAACGCCAUAACCAACCCGAAGCCAAACAUCUCGUUCCCGGCUGCGACGUUCUCGAACGAGUUCCAGGAUUGUGAGCGCGCACCGCCCGUCUUGAUCGACGUCAUGCGAAAGUGUCUUCAGCAUGACCCGAAGGCGAGACCUACGGUGUCGCAAUUGUUGCAGGUGCAAUACGUACCCACCAAGCAGAAUGUCGCAGCGAUGGUGCCCGACAUCCCGGCGAAUAUCCUCAUAAAAAUAAGACAUACUCUGAACGAGGAAGAGUGGCGGCACUUGAUUCAGAUACUGGACACAAAGCGACAUCAUACAUAAUAUUAUGGAAAUAAUAACUUAUACAUUUAUACUGGUGUACAUAAAAGUAUUUGUAUAUACAUACAAGAGACAAUUUGCAGCGAGGCGCAAAUAUAUAGAAUAUUUGAUGACACAUGUUAAGGAAGCUGAUGGUGAAAAUAACAUAGAUAUAUAUAUAUAGUAUAGAUAUACGCGUGUAGAAAAAGGAAAGAGAGAGAGAGAGAGAGAGAGAGAGAGAGAGAGAGAGAGAGAGAGAGAGAAAAGAUAGAUAGUAUGGUAGAUAGAUGGUAAAGAAAUCUAAGGUCAGAAUAGUGUUCAUAAAUAAAAUUGCAAUAGAAUUAUGCUUACCUAUGUCGCGCGAACACGAAGCUUCGUGUAUAUCAAUAACAAUUGCAUUAUGAAAGUAAAAUUUUAUAAGACUAUCUAUUAAAUUAAAAUAAUUUCUUCUCGAUCUUUUUCUUUUUUAUUAUCUGAUAUUCGCGCAUAUAAAUACAUCUGCUACACUUUUGCGACGGCUAACACUAUAACGAUAACCGGCGUCUCCAGCGAUAUU